AUGUCAAAACAACGAUCGAGGAAAAACAGCAUUGAUCAUUUUGUCCCCGAGAAGGAGAUGAAAGCCGCGAGGAGGAAGAGCUGCAUCAUCACGGUUGAAGACGAGAUAAUAGAUUUUGCAGACAUUCCACACCUGUACUCUCACUUCAUGGAAAGCGUGACAGUAGAGGACCUAAUAGCAAGAUCUCCAACAGCCAGAAUAGGAGAUAACCGAAGGAUGCCUUGGGCCUACGAAGAGCGUUCGUCGUUGUCGAGCCCGUUGGAGAAGGCUGAAGCAACUGAUUCCAUAGAUCGGUUCGGAAAUUUUGUGAUGGAAGGAUCCUACCUUUUUGCAGACAAUGCAAGGAACAGUUUGGGUAGAUCCAUCAACUCCCAUGGAAACUUCGUUUCGAGCAUCGAGUUUUGCUCUGAGUCCUCCAGUGACCUUUCGGUGGAUGCCUCGGACUGGGAGGAGACGAAGCAGUCCGAUUGA